AUGAAAUUCCUGGUCAGUUUUCUCUCUUUUCUUCAAUUGACUUUAGUAAUCGCACAAGUAGCAUGGGAAAACGACGAGGAUCACUCGUAUACAGUCAAAUUGUUAAAUUUAACUAUUAAACCUUACCCGAUUAUUAUACCCGGAUCGAUCUCUGUCGAAUUAACUAUUCAUAGUGAACAGCCAAUCGCAAGUCCUUUGAAAGUCGAUUUAUCAUUACAUAAGAAGGUGUUAUUCAGUUCUGUUCCCAUUCCUUGUAUCAGCGGUAUCGGUUCAUGUACUUAUGAUGAUCUCUGCAGUCUUUGUCCACAAUGUCGUUGUCCAAUGAGUGCCGGGAAUCACGUGAUUACCUUACCAAUAUCGAUUGAUACGACUUCUUGGGCAUUGCUUGGUAGCUAUCAAGUACAAGUCAAUGUAGAGACAAAUAUCGAGAGCAAUUCCAACGAAUUUCAACGUUAUCAACGUGGAUUUGGUAAUCGUCGAUCGUUGAUUACCCAUCAUCCGCGACAUUAUUAUCCAAAAUUUAUUCCAGCAUCGUUUUAUGAUCAAGAGAGUAGAUAUUUAUUGUCAAAUCCUUCGGAAACAAAUGAACAAAACGAUUUUAUGUCUCAACAACAACAACAACGGCAGCAAUCAUCUGCUCCUUAUCAUUAA